AUGGAAGCGGUCCGCGCAGGCGAAAUAAGACGAGUAUUUCGGUCUAAAUGUGAAAUCCAAGUAAGUUAUUUUGGCAAAGUCAAAAGGAGUCUUAUCGCGGGCUUCGACCGCGCCUAUUGGCCCGAGAUCAGCCAAAGAAAUUGAUGCACCGUGACUCUUUCAUUUUACAUCUGUUUCAUUUUACAUCUGUUUCUCACUUCAGCUCAAAAUGCCAGCAAAUCAAGCGACUCGUAGCAAGCUAGAAGCCGUCUUAGCCCGACUGGAAUUAGUGGCCGAUAAACUUGGCCUAGCUGAGUGUUCGAUUAAAAAAGGAGGAACUGAAGCGGACAUACAGGCUUUAGUGGAGCGUCUCGAAAACGUGGCAGGAAAACUCGAACAGCUAAAAUCUGGAGCGAGCGGCGAAGGUGACUAAGGGGAAAGAGCUUUCAAUUAUUUUCUUAAAAGAAAAAUAAAACAACCGAGUUUUUACUGAACUUAUUCCUCCGUUCGGCAGGAUCUGGAAAGAUUGUUGAGUUCUACGAUGAGGUAAAGCGAAUAUGGAUGUUAUUUUCUUUCAUCGUCUGUUUACAGGCUUCUAUGAUUAAUUUUCUCACGCAACGAUAUUUAUUUAAUUUUAUUACUACCUCUCGUAUAGUUUCUCAAGGGGAAGAUACAGGUCUUUUUCAAAUUAUCAAAUGAAAUAGGAGGCGAUUUGAAAGCACAGGUAAGAGUGGAUAUUUAAUUUUUCAGAACAUGGUUGCGUGACUAAGAUACGUACUAAACUCGUGUCGAUUUCAUUUUUAGGUGGAUCUAGCCAAAAACACUUUUCAAGCACUGAGGGAUUUUCUGAUGAAAGCUUCUCAAACAAAAAUACCUUCUAGAGUAAGGGAAUCCUUUUAAAAUUAACUGAAAUUUAAACAUUUAAACGAACUUGAAAAGAAAAACAGCGCACAGAUUUGCGUGGCAUGGAUCGGUGAUAUGAUAAUUUACAUUUCAGCUUUGAGAAUGGACAGUGCUUCUUGCGGUCACGAUAUGUCACGCAAAAUACAUGAGAAGGGCAACGACAAAAUUUUUAAGAGUUUUUUCAAGCUGUAACGUAGAAAGUCAAUAUUACCUCAAAUGACUGACAUCGAUUUGAUUCUGUAUCGACCUCUCGCCCGGUGGCUUUGCUGUCCUCCCCUUCUCUGUCAGGUGUGGAGCGAUGAAGAAGGCAGCCUACGAUCUAAAACGGGUAGAAGACGAUUGGAGGAUAAAGAAAAACUAGUAUUAAAAAUUAAUUCAGCCUCAGAUUGGACCAAAAAGGAAUUUCAACUAAAAAUGUUAAAACAAUUUAAUUCUCAGAGUCAGAAUUAUAAAAGAUGUAUGACAGACAGUGUUAAGAAUUGAUCGUUCGAUCUUGGCAGUAAGAGAAUUUUACACAUAUAUUUGUAUAUUUUACUUUGCAAAUGUAUUUGCUAAUAUUUUCCUUAGAAUAUUAUUAAUUUUCCUUUAAUGACACGUGAAUAAGUAUCUUGAAUAGUUUGCUUAUUUUUAUUUCAGAAUGAACUUGCCUCCAUGGUUAAACCCAUUGCUCAGUGUAGAGAGGAAGUGGAGGUAUUUUUUUAAUCAUUUACGCGUUCAUUUUCCUGUUUUAUUUCCCUGGACGUUGCUUGCAAUUUCCUUGGUUCAUUUCUGAAUCAGGGUGUCGGCUGAGAUAUGUCCGUCUUACCUCCCCUCCCCCCCCUCCCCCACGCAAUUUCGUGCGAAAGUCCCUGAAAAUAAACCUCCGUUCGUUCCCAGAGCCCGGCUGACCUCUUUGUCUUGCCUUUUUUUAUCGCACAGACGAUCUAACAAAAAUUCAACUACUUCCGUAUUCGAAACAGGAGUAUGUCUUUUAAAGAGAACGUUUCAAGUUUUAAAAAAGUGAACCCAGGCUAGUUUAAAAAGUUGGUCAUAGGAGUACAAGACCAGCUCAGGAGACGUCUCUCAUGCAAAGGUCUACGAGUCCGGCCAGGAUCAAACCUCAUAGAGCAAAAUAAUCCGAUUGUAUUGGUUUUGCUUCACUCUGCUUGUGAUUGGUCGCGCCACUCCCUCAACUAAUCAGAUGCAAACCUAAACCAAUCACGACUUGGUCGCCCGCGUUUUCCCGCGCUUUGGAAGUGUGGUUGUUUUACAUUGAGUUCUCAUUGUCAUUUAAGGAUAUCUUCCUUUUUUCUGAUUUGUUGUUGUGAUAACUUUGGUUUUGGUUUUACGACACUCGAUCGAAAAGCGCUCUAGAUGUUCAACUGAUAGGCUUUGUAUACGACACUCGAUCGAAAAGCUCUCUAGAUGUUCAACUGAAAGGCUUUACUUCUUCCAGGCUUUCCGUGACCGUAACCGUUCCAGCAAGCAGUUCAAUCAUCUGUCAGCGGUCAGUGAGGGAAUGGAUGCACUGUUAUGGGUUGGAGCGGUAAGACUAUGUUUACGUAUGUCUACAGCGUUUUGAUGUAGCGCUUUUUGUUGAACAGUUACUGCGUGGAGGAUGCAAAUAAAGAGCCGUCAAGAUGUUGCCCAGAUAGGGAACUGAAAGAAUAUGAGAGACAGUGCGCCUUUUGAUACAAAUCUACUUUUUUUUACUCUCAAAGCCCGGAAAGCCAGAUAUUUUUGUGAGGGACAGAAAAGAUGGAGCAGUUUUCUACACAAACCGAGUUUUGAAGGACUUCAAACAGUAUGUAUCGUAAAAAUUGAAAUUAGUCAGGAAGUUAUUUAGAGGACAAAUUGAAGAUAGACUCCAAAAUUAAGUGAUCGUUUUUGUUUACAGAAAUCCAUUGCACACUGAAUGGGCUCACAGUUUCAUCGGCGCUUUGAUUGAACUACAACAGUACUGCAAAGAGUUCCAUCCGAUGGGUGUCACGUGGGCUUCUUGAAAAGAGAAAGGAAAAUGCAUAUACUUUUAAUGGCCGCCAGUUAAUCUAAGAGAGACUGGGUAAUGCACAAAAGAUAGAAGCUCACUGGCGACUAAAAACAGGAGGAUAAACCUCGAAUGAUAAAAAUGAAUGAAAAAUAGCAAAAAAAUUUAAUGGUAUUUCUUGUUCUGUUUCGUUUUGCCUAAAAAAAAGAGUUUGUCGUUUAGCAAAUACGAAUAAGUGUCACCUGCAACCACCGUGCCCAAUUCCCCCUUCUCGUCUGGACAUAUAGAGCUGCUUAGACCAAAGAAGCAGUGGUCACAUCAAGGAACUUGGGUAGUUUUUCUUUUCUAGUCUGUGAAUUUUUGCGGUAAAAUUUUGAGACAACGGUAAGUCAGCCCAACUUGGAUUGGGCGGAGCUAGGAGCCUAUUUUAGGCGGAGUUGUGUUUUUGGUGAAGGAAAAAGCCAGCACUACACCAAGCUUGUCUCGCAUAAAAAUAUGAAUGAGUGAUUGGCGUAUAUUUUAAAUGGGCCACUGACCUCAACUUCACCUCAGUAUAUUAGAUAUUGUGAUUAUUCUAAUAAACUGCGUUAAAAAAUUGGCGAUGGUUGCUAAAAACCCUCGCGUUUCCACAUUUUUAACAAUCCCCGUCAACUCUAAUACCUAGCGUUCCACAGAAACUGGGACGAGCGAUUACCAUGACGUCAUCAGAGGAACAGAUUUGCGAUGUGAUUAACUGCUCUCAAUGAAAAUUGACGUGACACAGUUUUUCCUCCGUGUCGCUUUCAACAUGAAUAUAAUUUGAUCGCCUUGAUGUUUGUUGUUCCCACAGAGAUUAUUUCAUGGUACUAAACAGCCUAUUUGAUCAUUUAAUGAAAAUGGCUAAAGUUAUUGUAAUAGUUUUAGACUCCAGAGUUAACCUGUUGUAUCUUAAUCAAAAUAGCAAAGGAAGACAUUGUUAAAUUGAGUAAUAUGUGUUUGGUGUAAAUCCUUCACAUUCCUAACAUUAGUAUGAAUAUUCUCCAAUCUCCAAACUGUUCUCUAUACAUUUCCUUUGGUACUGACAAGGAGAAUUUGUUUAACAAUCAAGGGCUUAUUUAGCUGUAGAUAAUUUCCUUUACUCUCAAAAUCCAAAGGCGGUACUCAAAUGAAAAAUUAGACGCUAGUUACUUUUGGGGAUUAAAUGUUAAUUACAGUUGAUAGCUAACACUACCUCAGGCUCUGAUGAGAAUUUUUUUAAAGUAAAGUUUUUGGGGACUAGUGUCCCUAAUUAAGUAAAAAUUCAACCAUUGAGUGUAUGUGAUGUUAAUCAGCUGUUGCUUUAGUGAAGCGAAUUUCAUUCUUAUGAAAUUCUACAGUUGGACAGUAAGGUGUGGAAAUAUUUCAAGACUCAGUCUUUCUCAUUAAUAACCCUUGGAAUGCAAAAAAUUCAAAUUGGCCAUACUUGACAACACAAUAAAAUCUCGGUCACAAGCCCUUAGAUUAACUCUUCAACUCCCAAAAUCUGAUUGUUAAUUCUCCCCUCUAGCUGCUACACAUUUCCCUGUAAAUAAGUAAUGAGAAUUUAGUGAUAUAUCAAGCUAACAACUUCUACCUGAUAAGUCUGAGUAUUCUCAUGACCUGUUUGCAGGAUAAUGUAUGGGUAUUAUAGGGAGAAGUUCCAUGUUAAUCACUUCUGGGAGUUAAAGGGUUAAAUGAUAUGGUACAGAGUUUUUUUUCAGUUUAUGAUCAUGGAAGGAAGAGAGUUGGGAUAUUUACAUGAUAUGUGUUUAGGAGACAUUGGUACCAUCAGUCUCUUGUUUAGUUUUUGGAACUUUCUUAUUUCAAAUAUGCUUUCUUCAUUACAAAUGAAAAUUUAUAAUAGAAAGCUUACUGAUACUCACAAAAGAAGUUGCAUAAAAAUCCUGAUUAAACAGCUUAUGUAACAGGC